AUGCCUGUCGAUGGCGUCAUAUCCCCUUUGUGCCUGCGUCAGCGUUGUGGUUGUCUGCCAGAAGCUGUCAUACAUUGACUGUUGAUCCAGUCUGAAGCCACAUUGUUACCAUCCACUGUUUAGAUCUUGGUGCUUUUUAACUCUAGAUUUGAACCGGAUGAAGGAUUUUAGUCAUCGGACGUCUGGAUCUUAAGUUAAGUUAUUCUUCAGUUAUUCAGUGUGUUUAAGGUGGAACUGCUUUAUUCAGUGUGUUUAAGGUGGAACUGCUUUAUUCAGUGUGUUUAGUGGUUUUAAUCAGCGGGUCUGUUUGUGUUGGAGAGGAGGAGACCUCUGUGGAUCAUUGGGCUCCCGGUAGAAACCUCCUGAACCAUGAACACUGAAGGAAUCCUAACCGGGAGAAGCUGACUGCAAUGACGCCAAUGGUGGUGAAGACAACAACUCCCAUGAUCCCACGCUGCUUCACCACCUCAUCAGGAUCCAGACUUCCAGCUCCUUAUGGCUGUAUAUGAUGAGAACAUCCUGAAGAAUCCUUUCUACUUGGCAUUGGAGAAGCAGAGACCGGACCUCUGCAGCCGAGUGGCAGAGCUCCACGGCAUUGUUCUGGUGCCCUGUUGUGGAAGUUUGACCGUCAGCAGCUACUCAGACUCUCAGUUCGACAGCUAUGUUCUGCAGCCUGCGGAGGACGGAUACCAGACUGCGGAUGGAAAGGAGGUCAGGAUCCAGGACAGGCAGGUCCUGCUGGGAUCCGGCUUCCCGGCUCUGGCAUCGGUCCCCAUCCUGUUUGAGGAAACCUUCUACAACGACCAGGAGCAGAGCUACAGCAUCCUGUGCAUCUCCAGGCCCGUCGAGGUGGACCCGAGCCCGGCCGAGCUCAGCCCGCCGCCCCCCUACUGCCUGAAGAGCCUGGAGGACGUCAGGGAGUUCCUGGGCCGCCACGCCCAGAAACUGGACAAGUUCAUCCAGGGCUUCUGUCAGGCCUUCAAAGAGCAGGAGAGGAAGGGACUCCGACACCACAUAGACUCGGUGAACGGUCUUUACACUAAAUGUCUUCAGUGUCUGCUGAGAGACUCUCGCCUGAAACUUCUGGCGAAGCAGGAGCUUCAGAUGACUCUUCUCAAACAGGCAGUAGAGAUGUAUGUUCAUCAUGGUAUCCAUGAUUUAAUUUUUAACUUUGUGGGAACUCUUGAAGCCAGCCAGGAUGCUGCCUUCAACAAAACCAGCAGGAGUCUGCAGGAGCUGCAGCAGAAAGACCUGGGAGUCAAACCUGAGUUCAGUAUAAACUUGUCUCGGGCAAAGAGAGAGCUGAGUCAGCUCAACCAGCAGACCUCCCCCCUCCUCAAACUGCUCUGCCUCCGCAGAGUCGCCCUGACUGCCACGCAGACCCCCAGACGCACCGUCAGCAUAGAGGCUGUGAGUGCGGACGACCUGCUGUCUGUCAUCCUCUAUCUGCUGGUGAAGACGGAAAUCCCCAACUGGAUGGCCAACCUGAGCUACAUCAGGAACUUCUGCUUCAGCCACUCCAGUAAAGAUGAGCUCAGCUACUGUCUGAGCACCUUCGAGGCUGCGGUGGAGUACAUCAACCUGGGGAAGCUGCAGAACACCGGCUCAGGUGAGCUGAAUGACAAGGCGUUGUUCAAAGAGAGGAUGACUCUUCUGUCUCAGAGCGCCGCCACGCCCAUCAACUGUCUGUUUGAGCACAUAGCGAAUGGAAACGAAGUGGAGGUGGAACAUCUGCUGAGUGAAGGAGAGAGCAACGAGGACGUCAGGAUGUGUCAUCCCCUCUGCUCCUGUGACCUCUGUGACCUCCAGCUGUCUGGCCGGCUGAACGACCCGUCCAUCGUCACACCGUUCUCCAGAGACGACCGAGGUUACACCCCGCUGCACGUCGCUUCGAUCUGCGGUCAGUCCCAGCUGAUCGACCUAUUGGUGUCUAAAGGAGCGCCGGUCAACGCCACAGACUACCACGCCCUCACACCACUGCACCUGGCCUGCCAACGGGGGUACCAGGGAGUCACGCUGCUGCUGCUGCACUACAAGGCCAACACAGACGCUCAGGACAACAACGGCAACACACCGCUGCACCUCGCCUGCAUGUACGGGCACGAAGACUGUGUGAAGGCGUUGGUGUACUACGACGUCCAAACGUGCCGCCUGGACCUGCAGAACGACAAAGGCGACACGGCGAUGCACAUGGCGGCGCGCUGGGGCUACGAGGGAAUCAUCCAGGUGCUGCUGGAGAACGGAGCGAGCACCGACAUCCUCAACAAGAGCAAAGACUCGCCGCUGCAGUGUGCACUCAACUCCAAGAUCCUCCUGUUGUUGCAGUCGUCUCAGAACAGUCGGCAGCGCAGCGGCAGCGGAGUCGAUUCUCCCAGUCGCUCCCCUCAGGCUUCCAACUGCAGCAGCCGCCGCUCCUCCAUCUCCAGUACCUCCUCUCUGGGCUCCGAGGCCAAACCGGAGGGAGAACGGGUCCGACACAGAGAGGUGGAGAAGCUGCUGCGUGCCGUGGCAGACGGUGAUGUGGAGAUGGUGCGUUACCUGCUGGAGUGGAUGGACGAGGACGAGGAGGACGAAGGAGAGCUUCGGUCCGAGGCUCUGCUGUGCCACCCGCUGUGUCAGUGUCCGAACUGCGCUCCCACUCAGAAGCUGUCCGUCCUGCAGGCCGGGGCGCUCGGCGUGAACAGCUGUAACGUCGACGGUUUCACGCCGCUCCACGUCGCCGCCCUGCACGGCCACACCGCGCUGGCCGCCCUGCUGAUCCGCCACGGAGCCAACGUGAACGCCCGCACCAACCAGAGCGCCACGCCGCUCCACCUGGCCUGCCAGAACAGCCACGUCCAGGUGGUGAGGUUUCUGCUUGAGUGCAACGCCAAACUGAACAAGAAGGAUCACUAUGGCAACACACCUCUGAUACAGGCCUGUCUCUGUGGGAACCUGGAGACCGCCACCAUCCUGUUACAGAGCAACGCGUUGGUGAACGUGGUGAACCUCCAGGGGAACACGGCCCUCCAUGAGGCGGUGCGGGGCGGACAGCAGGCGCUGGUGGAGCUGCUGCUGAGGGGAGGAGCCUCGCCCGGCCUCAGGAACAAGAGGCAGAGGACGCCGCUGGACUGCGCCUACGAACUGGGCGGCAAGAACACGGAGAUCCUGAGAGCUCUGCAGAAAGCGUCGGGACUUUCUCCCGAUGCCGAGCCGAUCAAACUCCUGUCGGUGCCCAAAGGAGCUCUGGCUCAUUCGUUCGUGCAGCGUCUGCGGCUGCAGGAUCACGCCAACGGCAGGAGGCAGAAACUGGCCCAGUCCAUCAGCAGGGUUCAGCAGAUAAAGAAAGGCUCCUCUGGUCCUCCGCCCAGGUGUUCAACCCAGAACCAGGUGAAUCCCGACAGGAGGAGGUUGCGGCGGGGGGAGACGGUGGAGGUCAGCAGCCCCUCAGCAAGCCUCGACGCCGGGCCCCGUCUGAGAGAGCGGCCCCUGGGUCGCUGUCACACUCUGGACUCUGGAGAGCAAACGCCGGAGCGACCUGAGCCCGGGAACACGGCCGAGCGCACUUUGAGAGAGAGUAAUCAGACCGAGGUCGCACACAAAACAGCUGAGAGCACGGACCACGACACCAGUGAGACGCACUCCACUGAGGACUGCAGCACCGGGAGCGACACGCCACCGUCCUCGCCCUCGAACGCACCGUCUGCAUCCACCGAGAACUCCGCUUCCCACGACACCGACCAGAGCCCGCUGAACGGACAGUUACAGUCGUCUGACAACCAGACUGAAGACAGCCCCAGCCCCGCUGACCUCUGCCCCACUGACCUCUGCCCCACAGAGCAGACUGACGGCGGCGACCAGACAGACGCCAACCAAACGGCGUGCAGAGAGAUUAUAGAGGAGCACUGAAACGUUCCCUCAGUGUAAGACACGAACACCAAAAUAUUUGCCAAAAGGAAAAAAGAAAGAAAGCACAGCGUCUCUGAGGAAGCUCUACCAGCUGCUCGUCCAACGUCUUUCAGCAUAUUAAUGUUUAAAGGGGGUCAGUUCACUCAUCGUACAAAACAAGUCAAUGUUCUUACUUAACUACGGAGGCUUUGAGAGGCAAACAAGAAAUAAGAUUUGUUUUCCAAGUCUGAUCUAAAUUGUUUUGUCUCUUGUUUCUCUGACUUUAAAUCUUUCUAAAUUCAUUAUUUAUUUGACGUGAAACUGAAAAGGUUUUGCCGGGAUAAUAAGUCACUUUUUUGUUUUCAUUGGUGGUCCUUUUUGUCAGGAAGCGGUUUGUUGUUGUAUUACGAAUUUCAACCACAAGAGGCUGAAAAGUCGUAAACACAGAAGAGAAAAUUUAUAUCAGAUUUUUUUUUUUUACUCUCUUGCCUCUCAGGACCUCCGUACAGACUCCUCAUGGUACAAACAGGAGAUGUAGUUUAGGGAUCAAACCUUCCUCCUGACCAGCUGUGGUACGCUGCCGUUUCUAUCAGUGGUGGAAAUGAAUUUAACAAUACGUUUAAUUGUCAGUUAAUCGAGAAGCAGCUGAUGUUUGAGUUCCAUCAGUCCCACAGACAGACAUCUGGACAUAUAAGUGAGAAUAUGUGUUUGUAAUGUGGGUGUACUCGCCCUUUAAAGUCACAAUGAAAUACUAAACUAGUUUUCUGUGUCACACAUCUCUUUAAUUUUAUCUUCCUGUGAGUCUUUAGUCAUUAAAGGUUAUGUUAUAUGUGACAUUUAGCACCCAGCUGCACCAGACUCUAUAGAAAAAAACUGUAAUUUAACCUCUCAGAUCAUCGUAACUUCAUUAACUAUAACUACAUACAGCUUGUGACUCCGCUGUAUCUGAACAUAGCAGAUAUUUUGCUGCUGUAUAAAUGUUUUAAAUCUCAUAUAUGUGACCUUUAAAUUCAUUUAAUAUAAUUUCAUUGUGACUUUAACAGCUCAGAUGUUGUCCAUAACAUUAACAGACUUCUUCUGGUCCGAAGAGGUCUCCUGUAUCUCCUCCUCCUCCUCCUCCUCCUCCUCCUCCUCCUCCUCCUCCCCUGAGGUUAAAGCACUUUCUUCUUCUCGCCUUCACAAAAAGAAAAAGGGAUGCAAACUGACGUGGCUUUAGUUUCAUACUGUAUGAAUGUUGUUGCUUUAGUUUAGUUUGAAGCCACGAGACUGUAGCUCCGAUCUGAGCACCAGAGUUCAUUUCAAUAUGUGUUGUUUUUGUUUUACUUGAAUACUAGUCGUUGUUUUCACUGUUAAAGAUUGAUUUACAGUUUGGUUGUUUUCCCGUUUAACAUCGUACUACUCCACUGAUGUUUUUAGUCUUUUAUUUAUGACCCUUGUUGACGGUCGUGUGUUCAGAGAGGUUCAGCUUCUCCUGAAUGUGUUUUCUCCACAGACACAGAGCAGGUUCAAGGAUCACACCGCUGGUUUUUAUUGUUUUACGCGUUAAUUGCAACAUUUCAACCAACUUAUUUUAGUUUAUUUCUAUGAAACUCAACAUGCAGAGAGAGAUUGUUUUUGUGAGUUCAGUUAUCGAGUCGAGGAGUCAAUAAAUCAUACGUUUAUUCAUGAGUGUCCUAUAGGUUACAGAAGAUAAUAACAAACAUUGACUGCCAAACUAUAUGUAAAGUGUAUAUGGUAAAAAUUAUACAAACAUUAAUGUGUUUUUGCUUCUCUGCAGCCGGCUGUCACUGCUCUGUCCAACGGUCCUUGAACGCACCAGCAGCGACAUGGUUUUAAAAGCGUUAUAAUGCAAAGAUAAUAAUAAUAAUGCAAGUUGACAAGUAAUAAAAGUGACUAAAAGAACAGGAAGUUAAAUCAUAUUAUUGAUUUUAAGUAGAAUCAUGUGUUUACACUUUCAAUAAAACCGAGAACAUUUCUGACCAAAACGAUUAACUGAUUAAAAUAAUAAAUUAUUGUCAGAUUAAGUUUUAUUUGUGAAAGUUUUGAUAUUUCUAUCUAUGUUAUUGAAUUUAAGUUUAGCAACAUUAUUGUUUCACAUGAUUCAGUGUUCAUACGGAAGCCCCGAAAAACAAAACAAUUUAAAAAAAAAAUUCUCAAUUCUUUUUUUUUUUUUUUUUCUGUGACAUUAUUAGUUUUUUUUUUUUACAGAUAAAACAAUAAUUGAAAAAAAUCCUCCUGAGGAAAAAUGAAUUUAAUGUAAAACUAGAAUUUUUUUUUUAACUUUAGUUAAGUUUAAGUUUCACAAAUUAAAAAACUGAAUGAAACAUACAAAGUGAAAAAAACACUUUUGCCUUUCAGGUCUUCCGUACAAUCAUCAUAUUUUGAGUUUUAAGCUUCUAUAAGUUGAUUUUCUGACUGCAGAUUAAUCUAAAAACAGGUUUUGAAAUUGGUCAGCUGUGAUUUAAUGAGAAAAAACUCCAGUUUGGUCCUUUAACACAUCAGAAGAUAUUUAAUUGUAUAUUUAACAGCAGCAGUACUGUACGCCGCCGUGUUCCUGUUCACUCUCCGUAGACGUUUGACAGUUUCAUUGAGGGCGAAGCUUCGGUUUAAACUUUAUACCUCUGCGACCGUCUGCUCUCAAACACCCGCCGACUCUUCACUUUGUGUCUCGCAGCGUUUAAUUUAAACAGAAAAGGAUGUCGAACCCAAUCAGAAGUCGAGUCUUAAUUAUUUUUGUACCACUGUUUUUAAUUUCAGGUUUGAAUGUUUAAAUAUGAUGUGAAUGUGCCUUAUUUAAUUCACACCCAAAUAACCGAUAAUAAACCUGUCAUUGAGACUAA